CUAGGGUUGGGCAGCGGCGGCGGCGAUUCUUUAAGGGGUGCGGCGGAGGAGGCGAUUGCGCAGGGGGCGGCGGCGGCGGCUGCGUCGAGGGCAAUGUCCUGGUCUUCGGGUGGUUCGAGUGCUCCCGGCUUCCGUCAAGCCGCAGGAAGGAGAGGGGAGGAAUCGAGGUCGCCGGUGCCGUACCGCGAGAACCCGAUGGCGUACGAGCCAGCGAAGCUCUGCUGGUGCAACCCCCGUCGGAAGGCGCCAAGGUGGAUCUCGUGGAGUCGUCAGAACCCAGGCAGGAGGUACUACGCCUGCGUCGAUGCCAUGCAUGGUGGUUGUGGAUUCAUGGAAUGGCAUGAUGAUCCUCUUCCCAAGUUUUGGAGUGAUUUGAUUGGUGAUUUGCGAGAUGAAGUGCGUAGGCUGAGAGGUCAAGGAAGUGCUGCUUUGAUUGAAGAUCCCACUGCAGUUCUGGCUCUGCCUGAAGCUGUAACAGGAGGAAUGGGAAUUGCUAUGUCUGUGCAAGAUCAGUUGAAGCAGAAAAAUGCAGAGAUACAUGCACUGAAGGGGAAAUACCAGAAUGCUGUCAUGUUGUUUGUUGUCUUUGUGGUUGGUUUAGUUGCAGGGAAGAUGCUACUGCAAUAAGAUUUGCAAGUGUUAUUUGCAUGCAAUGUAGUAAUGCUUAAGGGUUUAGAAUGAACUGAUCUUUUGGGCACUGAAGAUGCAAGUUGUAUGCUUUGUUUAAAUUGGAAGUUGUAUGCAUUUGCCACUGUUUGGAAUCAAUGAAAGUGGAAGUGCAAGUUGUGUUAUGC